GGUUCUUGAAUGGAGCUGGGCUGGAUGGAUUCCCGGCGCCCAUCAGCGGCGCCGGUGGAUCGGCAAUGCGACCAAGCGGAGGAUCUUUUUGCCGCGAUGCCUGUGUAUGACGAGGAGGAGGACGAUGAUCCGAUGGCGGCGGGGUACGAGAGAUUUCCCCCAAAUUGCGCGGUUUGUAAGGAAUCCCUUGUGAUGUGGGGAGGGCCGGUCUCGCUCUCUUGCGGGCAUAGCUUGUGCCUGGAAUGCUUGAAAAAGGCUCAAACGUUUUCCUCGCAUCCAUUACUGUGCCCCCUCUGCAAAGAGAUCGAGGAAUGGGUGCCGGUGUCCGUGCCGCCCAUGGACAUCGACGAUUACGAGAAGGGUCUCUACGAGAAUGGAUGCGACCGCGUGAGCGUCUCGCCGGACAAGAAGCUCGGCGCGCUCUUCACCACAAUGAGAAAGAUGGUGGCGGACCGGAGAAGCGAAGCAAAGAAAAGCCGGAGGAAGCAGAGCCUCUACGCAAUGACGAGCUUCCUCGAGGACGUCCAAGUCAUGAAGGCCGUGUUUGAGGCCGAGCCCCCGGAGUGGCUCCCGGACAGCUCCGCCACCUCGUGCAUGCAGUGCUCCGCCAGCUUCAAGGCUCUCAGCUGUGGCCGCCACCACUGCCGGUUCUGCGGCCAGAUCUUCUGCGGCCGCUGCUCGAGUGCGCGGAGCUUGCUGCCAUCGAAGUUUAGAGUCCGGGAGCCUCAGCGAGUGUGUGACACUUGUGCAAGCGCCUUGGAACCGGGGCAGACGCUGCUUGCUCUUCAAGUCAGCCAUGCCUUCCAGACUGCUACUCACGACGUCACGGACGCUAGCUGCUUGAGAUCGUGGCUGAAUAGUCCUCUGGGACUCUCCAUGGAGCACGAAAUCUACAAGGCAACGAAUACACUCCGGCAUUUUCUCAAGGCUGGAAGGCUGGCACCAGAGAGAACUAUACCAGGAGCGGUUCUAAAGAAUGCCAAGGGACUAGCCAUCCUCACUGUUGUGAAAGCCGGCAUGGGUGUUACUUACAAGGUCGGCACAGGGCUCCUGGUUGCUCGUCUCCAGAACAACACUUGGUCAGCUCCCUCGGCGAUUGCUUCGUGUGGCAUGGGAUGGGGUUUACAGUUUGGUGGGGAGCUCACGGACUUUAUCAUUGUGCUGCGCAACGAUUCAACAGUGAAAGCUUUUGGAGGACGCGUUCAUUUGUCGAUUGGAGCGGGAGUCAGUGUUGCUGCCGGACCUGUUGGUCGUGUUGCCGAGGCCGACUUGCGAACUGGAGAUGGAGGUGUGGCUGCUUGUUACACUUAUAGCUGCAGCAGAGGUGUGUUCUUGGGAUGUUCUCUGGAAGGCAAUGUUGUGGCAACACGCAAAGCAAUGAAUAAUGCGUUUUAUGGGGACAACUGCGUUACGGCUAAGGAUAUCUUGUUUGGAUCCGUGCCACAACCAAAUGCUGCUUCUCCAUUGUAUGAUACUCUUGAGGAGCUUUUUAGAUGAAUUCCUUUGUACAGCACAAUCUCAUAUAUCAUUUAAUCAAAUGUACAGAAUAAAGAUUUUGAUUAGAAGUU